AUGAGGGACUCUGGUUGCAUGAAGGAUGCACCAGGUGAUGCAAGGUUGGUGACAGGAAAUCCCAUCAGACGUGUCAAGGCCAUAUACAAGGGCUGGAUAAGAGCCAUGUCCUCUGGUGAUGUUACCCAAGCAUAUCUCCAGAAAGUCAUGAAAGAGCAAGAGCUUGGUAUCCUCAAUGUUUUCGUCAAGUUUGAUUUGCUUGUAGACACUGUCAGUGGAUUGAAAAGCACAAAGGAAAGAUGUGCCAUCCAACAAACAUGCACCUGGUCCAACAGUAACUUCAUAAACACGGAUGAGAUUGAUGAUAAAAGCACUAUGUCCAGUGCCCCCAAUCACUUCAAGCUGGGGGUAGUCUGGGUCAAGCAGACUGGAAAGGACAAUGUUUCUUUGCUCAACUAUGCAGAUCCCUUCAAGCCCCUGAAAAAAGAAGACUACCCAGAAGUGGAGAGUAUUUGGAUGAAGGGUGCAUGGGAAAAGAAUGAGAAGUACAAUGCUCAAAUGAACAAAAAAGGUCCUGGGUGGCAGUGCAAUGACAAGAAUGUCAACAAGUUGUUUCUGCAGAAUGUCAUGGGAGACCCAGUUUCUGAGCUCAAGGCAAGGGCCCUCCACAAAACAGUAUCAUCUUUUUUCAUCAGUCUUCUUGGUGUUUACAACAUUUAUGACAUGCUGUACACAUGGGGAACAAUGGAAUAUGACAUGAAACAGCUGGCCAACCUGAGGGCAAAGAAGCACAUCCAAGAUGCAACAGUCAAACCUUUGGAAAAUGAAGACAGCAAUCAAGUGGCUGAGGAAAACACCUCUGUUCCUGCUGUGGAGUCAGGAUGUGUCAAAGGUGCUGGUAAUAACACAGCUCUUCCUGCAGAGGCAGAACACAUCAAAGGUGCCACCAAGACCACAGCACCACCUACAAAUCAAGUAUGCAAGCCUGAGAAGCAAUUGUCACAAGUGGUGGGUAACAAAAUACCCAAGGUGGAGGAACAACAAUCAGUCAAGAGGGAGAGCACUAUUGAGCUGAUCCUCUGCGUUAUAACAGGGCCUGCAUUCUUGUGUUGGGAGAGGCGGCACUUGUCAAUAGCCCUAGCAGAAAGCGAUACUGCAUCUGAGGAAAUAGUUGAACCAGAGCAAGAACAAGAGCCCGCAACAUCUCAAAAACAGUGGAAAUUUGUGAUUCCUGAGACACACACUGCAAAGCAGGAGUACAUUCAUGCUUACAUCAAUGAGAAACUUGCAGAGCAAUCUGAACACAAUCUGGACAAUAAUCAAUGUACUAUAAUAAUCAUUGGAAGGAGGAGUCUAGGGAUACAAAAUGUGUGGAGGUACAUUAUUGUUCAUCACUGGGAGAAGGAAGCUGCAGACAAUACAGCCAAGAAUCCCACCAUCGCUAGAAAGACUCACUCCAAGAAGAUCACAAAAAUUCACCCGUUGUUGCUAGCUGUCAGAUACUUGCAACACAAUCAGCUAGUCACAAACAGUCUCUUUUAG